AUGUCCCCCACGGCACUCUGGAGACCAACUUUGAGCCCAAAUCACGAAAAGGCCAUUAAAUGGUACAAUAGGGCCAUUGCUGGCCUACGGCAGCACAUUGAGCAGCGUGGAAUCGACCCUGGUCUUGCGCUUCUGAGUUGUACUUUGUUUAUUAGCGUCGAGAUGCAACAGAGGAAUGUCGGCAAUGCUCUGAAUCUGAUUGAGAUAGGCUACAAGCUCAUGGGACAAAGCCUUUCGGUCUCGUCGACGGUACAGUUGUCACCGAACAGCGCCGCCCUAGACGAAGUCGUCACUCCCUUUUUCUCGCGCCAUGUCGUGCUCAUGGCCACUCUCGGGAACCCACGACCACCUAACUGGAGUUGCCACGUGGAAGAAAACAUGCUGAAAUCAUCAGUGCUUGCCUCCUUCUCUGUCCUCGACGAGCCGAAAAGGCAUCUGUACAGCAUCAUAUACCAAGCAUAUGAGAUCAUCAGAGUGGAGCAGCUGGAGCCUACAGAGGAGCGUAUCAUCAAGAUGCAGUGCCUCCGACAAAAACUGUUGCUCGAGGACCUAAGACAGUGGGAGACAUCCUUUGUUAACACGUGGAGUCACGAGACGAGAAGGGAGAUUGUGUGGGCAGUAUCGAAUCUCCUGAUGUACUGGGGGGUCUGCUAUAUUUGGCUUUCGACUUGCACGACUCGACUGCAGUCCGCAUUCGACGAGUAUAGCGAGCGAUUUGCAACGAUCCUUGAUCAUGCGGAAAAUGUCCUUAAAUAUAGCAUCGAAUCCACAGCCGGGCAGCCCAUCUUCACGUCUGAGGCAGGACCGAUCCCACCACUAUACUUUUGCGCAAUCAAAUGCCGGGACCCAUUGCUACGACGAAGAGCGUUGGUGCUAAUGCGGCGAGCACCGAGAAGAGAGAGCGUUUGGGCCUAUGUUCCAACAGAGAAGGUGAUUGAGAAAGUGAUCGGGUUGGAAGAAGGCGACUACGACGCCACUCAUAUUGAAAUGACAGGACCUCCUUUGUUACCACCAGAAGAAAACCGUAUUCAUCACAUCGCUGUCGUCAGAAAGGGGGCUGUGGGAGAUACUCGGCGACUGGCUCUUCAGCUGAGCAAAUACAUCGUCGGACCACCGGACAAUUCAAGGAGGAUGGUCCACGAAAACGUCUGGCUUGAAGAGAUGACGGAUCAUCAAUACUCGCCAUGA